GCUGAGGAACCGUGGAUUUCAUAUUAUGGACUAAAACCCCAGUGAAACUGCUCAGAAAAAUCCUUCCUGCAGCUUCCAGGCAAGACCGGAGGAAGAGAGGUAAAUCCUAUUCUUUUCGAGUACAAUCAAAGCACUAGAUUCCAGCUCCGGCUGCUUUACAUUGCAGCUCAGUGCUCCUACUAGAAAUAUGGAUACUGAGAAGAGAACACAGCACUGCAUUGUCCAGCCAGGAAAACAGCAGAUGUAAAAAGCUUCAAUGCAUCAACUGUCGGGAAGAGUCAACAGUGCUCCAAACAGAACGGACAACUACAGCUCUUUUGUUUAACAGAAGAGAGAGAAAAUGAAAGAAAGGGAAAAUCUCAGAAGAGUAGUAUCCAUAUGAACAAGGAAGGGAACUGGAAGACAAGCAGACAGAUGGACACUUUGGAUACUGUGAAAAGCAAUCGCAGGAGGCAGACUGUUGGGGGAUGUGCGCAUGUUCGAUAGCAUCUUUUUUGCUGAAGUGAUGGCGUGCCAAAAGUAUUUUCAGUGGGCAUAAUCCUCUCCACAUAAAUGGGCUGACCAAGGAAGAAUGACUGCGAGGGACACAACAUGAGUGAAAAAAAACAAUUACCAAAGAACAGUACUGACUGAGAAGAAAAAAACAGCCCAUUUUCAGCCACCACGGUCUCACAGACCCUGCUGGACUCUUCCCAACAUGCUUCAGUGGCGGAGAAGACACUGCUGCUGUGCAAAGAUGACCUGGAAUGCCAAGAGGUCUCUGUUCCGCACGCAUCUGAUUGGUGUACUUUCUCUAGUGUUUCUUUUUGCGAUGUUUUUGUUUUUCAGUCAUCAUGACUGGCUGCCAGGCAGAGCUGGAUUCAAAGAAAACCCUGUGACAUACACUUUCCGAGGAUUUCGUUCUACAAAAAGCGAGACAAACCACAGCUCCCUUCGAAACAUUUGGAAAGAAGCAAUCCCUCAAACUCUGAGGCCUCAAACAGCAACUAACUCCAACAACACAGAGCUGUCACCACAAGAAGUUACAGGGUUGGAGAACACACUUAGUGCCAACGGAAGUAUUUAUAAUGAAAAGGGUACAGGACAUUCAAAUUCCUAUUAUUUCAAAUAUAUUAUCAAUGAACCUGAAAAGUGCCAGGAGAAAAGCCCUUUUUUAAUACUAUUAAUAGCAGCAGAACCUGGACAAAUAGAAGCGAGAAGAGCUAUUCGGCAGACUUGGGGCAAUGAAAGUCUAGCCCCUGGUAUCCAAAUCACACGAAUUUUUUUGUUGGGAAUGAGUAUUAAGUUAAAUGGCUACCUUCAACGUGCAAUACUGGAAGAAAGUAGAGAGUAUCAUGACAUAAUUCAACAGGAAUACUUAGAUACAUACUAUAAUUUGACCAUUAAAACACUAAUGGGAAUGAACUGGGUUGCAACAUACUGUCCACAUAUUCCGUAUGUUAUGAAAACUGACAGUGACAUGUUUGUCAAUACUGAGUAUUUAAUACACAAGUUACUGAAGCCAGACUUGCCUCCCAGACACAACUAUUUUACUGGUUAUCUAAUGAGAGGAUAUGCACCCAAUCGAAACAAAGACAGCAAGUGGUACAUGCCACCAGAUCUCUACCCAAGUGAGCGCUACCCUGUCUUCUGUUCUGGAACCGGUUAUGUUUUUUCUGGAGAUCUGGCAGAAAAGAUUUUUAAAGUUUCCUUAGGUAUCCGUCGUUUGCAUUUGGAAGAUGUGUAUGUAGGGAUCUGUCUUGCCAAGUUGAGAAUUGAUCCUGUGCCCCCUCCCAAUGAGUUUGUAUUCAAUCACUGGCGAGUUUCUUACUCAAGCUGUAAAUACAGCCACCUAAUUACCUCUCAUCAGUUCCAGCCUAGUGAACUGAUAAAAUACUGGAACCACUUACAACAAAAUAAGCACAACGCCUGCGCCAACGCAGCAAAAGAAAAGGCAGGCAGGUAUCGUCACCGUAAACUACACUGAAAAAAGGCAAUUUUUUUUUUCAAAUGUGCAAUCUGUAAAUACUGCUGAAAGCAUGUAUAGUUAAAACUGAUUACAUUCAUAGGAAAAGUUUUAGUUCAAAUUCAUCACAUAAAGGUAUUCAAAAAUUAUUUUUUUAAUUUCUGAAAAAGGCGACUUCUUAAAGGUGUUAACAGUCUAUAACAAUCCUACGAUAAAAAGGUACCUCAAAGGAAUCUAUCAGAAACUGUUUGAGGGGAUUCUAUGUAUUAACAUGCAAUAACAAGCAUGCAUACAUUAAUGGCUUAAGUCUUUUGUUAAUUUAUUUGCAUACAUUUUCCACAUAAAUUUUAAGAAAUGAAUACAGUCAAAACAUCCUUCAUUUUAGAUUUAGCUUUUCAUUUUGAUACAUAAUUAAAUGUAAAUAAAACAUUACUAUCAACUUGAAGGAAACUUUGUAAUCGUGCAAAGGACAAAUUCUCUGACCUGACUAUUCUAGGUUUAAAAAAUUGUUCCAUGCAAUAAGAUUUAGUUGAAUUAUUCUAUAAACUCAUUCAUAAAGAACAGAUAUUUCAUCAUUGCAGGUGUCACCUAUUAACUUUUCAAAAACAAUUGAGAUACUUGUUUCAGUUUUUUUUGUUGAUACAUAUAUCAAGGAAAUUUAUCUUGAUAUGAUGUGAUAAAAUGUGAAAAAUUAACCUGUCUCAGGCUCAAGUUAUUAUUUGAAAAGUUAUUAAACAUUCCAAAACAGAAAACUUUGUUUCCUCAUUAGUAAGGUCAUCCAAGUAUUUCAAUGAAUUAUUCAACUACAUCACUUACUGCACUCUUAAAAAGUACAACCAUUUAGUUUCAAGGCUAUCUGACUUUAAGCUACCUGAAAAAUAAAUCACGUUCCUCUAACUGAAGUAAAAGUCAUCAUUUAAAGGCAGAAAGAAGAUGUACUGUAGAAAGACAGAUACAGACUAAAGAGUGCAGCACCAUUUUCAUUCAAUGCAUUUUUAAAUGCAUGUCUGCAAAAUCGCAACAUACGGGAAUUUAUUUCCUGACAACAGGUGUACACAUGCCAAUACUUAAUCAUCAAGUGUACACAUGCCAAUACUUAAUCACCGGGUGGCACCUAUUUCUCUGAGUGCCAAGUUUACAAAUCUGCAUUUUUGGUAGAUGACAAUCUGCAUACCAUUUAAAACCUUUUUUGAGAAGGGAUGGGGAAAAACUACAAAUGAUUAAUGAAAACUAGACUCUAGGCUGAAAUACAUAUAGAAUGCACUUUCAUCAAGGCUUUAAUAAAAAAAGUAAACAAAAAGGCCUUUACUGAGUGUUAUGAUACAAAUAUUUUCAUUGUAAUCUGAUUCAUGAGUUUCAGAAAUGAAGAAAUACUAACUCACCAACCUUAAAGCCAUUUUUUUAUAUAAGUAUGUAUGUCUUAACUUAGUUAUGAUGCUUCCAAUCUUAAUUCUAUUAACAGUCAUUUCUGUCCAAAUCUAAGAUACAUCACCAGAACAGAACUAUAAUAUUUGUAAAGUUCAGAAUCACGAAAGUGUGUUGUUCUUUUUAUUUACAAUGUUGAAUUCUAUGUAUAAUUCUAUUUGUCUCCCACUUUCAAUUAAGUAGUCCCUGUCCUAUCCUACAUAAUUAUGAGUAGUUAUGAAAAGUGAUCUAUGUAACACGGUCCAAGUCAAUGUUUUACUUAAUUUAUUCUCUAUGACUACAAAUGACCAAAAUUACUCAAUAAAAGUAACAUAAAAGAGGAUAAUAUCAAAUUAGACUGGUAAAUUUGAAGAAUGACAGAAGGAACC